UCCUCCUCUUCCUCCUCCUCCUCCUCCUCCUCCUCUUCCUCCUCUAGAUGAGUGAACUUGGCUUCAGGAACUUUGUUGGAGUGGAUGGCAGUAAAGGCAUGCUGGAUCUAGCUGCUCAGUCCGGCCUCUAUCAGGACCUCAGACUGGCCUUACUGGGAACAGACCCGCUUCCUGCACAGACUGGUGCGUUUGAUUUGGUGGUCAUCAUCGGGGCUCUACGUGCUGGUUUCGUACCGGUCAGCGUCAUCAGGGAGCUCUGGCAGGCGGCCAAACCAGGCGGAUACGUCUGCAUGUCGAGGGUGGACCCCAAGUCAGAGUCCGGAGAGAAAUACAAGCUGAGUAUGAAGCGAGAGCUUCAGCAGAUGGAGGAGGAGGGGCUGUGGAGCCCCAUGUCGACUGGAGACAUGAAGAAAUACAUGAUGGAUGUUUAUCAUAAUCAGACAGAGGACGAGCAGUACCUCGAUGGAACCAUGUAUCUAUACAGGAAGUCCAUCAGUUAG